AGGGGCAUUUUUUUUCCUCCAGUCGAUUAUCUUCAAUUUAAGUUUCGUCUGUCAGCUGCAAGAAUAGAGCCGCCCAAAAAAAGUCACAGAGAAUGGAACUAGUGUCGAGUAGCUUGAGCCUUCGGCAUAUGUAACGAGACGAAUAAAAAAACACGCAAGCUAUGUGAGUUCCAACAAUGCGCUUUGAGGGGAAAGGGCAGUGAUUUGAAGUCCUGCUCGCUUUUCUUCACUGCUCCGGCUAACCAGGGCUGGGUCCCGUUCCAUUUGGGAGGCUGCGGUUCGCCAACAUUUCCAUGGCCGACCAAGAAUAUCCCGAAGCGGUACUGGUGACCGAGGCCGGGCCGCAGUGGCUCCGAGUUGAGGUGGAACGACUCUCCCGGGAGCUGCGAGAAACAACGCAGGAAAAGAUCCAGGCAGCGGAGUACGGACUAGCGGUCCUGGAGGAGAAACAACAGCUCAAGCAGCGAUUUGAUGAGUUGGAGACCGAAUAUGAGGCUGUCCGACAGGAGCUGGAUCAGCUCAGAGAGGCCUUCGGGCAAGUGCACUCAGCCCACAGGAAGGUGGCAGCAGACGGAGAGAGCAGGGAGGAAUCGUUGAUCUUGGAGUCGGCCAGUAAGGAGGCGCAGUACCAGCAGAAAGUCCUGGAGCUGCAGAAUGACCUUCGUCAGGCCAAAGCGUCAAUUGCAAGUGUGCAAGCUGAAAAUGAACGCCUGUCACACAUCGCUUUGGAAAUGAGAGAGACCUCUGACCAGGUGGAGUUGCAGCGCAGUCAGCUGCGGGAUGACAUUCGAGAGUAUAAGGUGCGGGAGGCACGCCUACUGCAGGACUACAGUGAACUGGAAGAGGAGAACAUCUCUCUGCAGAAACAAGUGUCUGGGCUGAGACAGAACCAGGUGGAAUUUGAAGGCCUCAAAUAUGAGAUCCGCCGUCUGGAAGAGGACUCCCAGUGCCUAAACGGCCAGCUGGAGGAUGCCAUGCGGCUGAGGGAGAUUGCCGAGCGCCAGCUAACCGAGGCCUUAGAGACGAUUAAAACCGAACGUGAGCAGAAGGCCACUUUACGCAAGGAGCUCUCGCACUACGUGACCAUUGGCGGCUCCGUGUACAACGGCUCGUUCAAUAUCUCCUUCGACAACCUUAAACUCCACGACGAACCCUCCGCCAUCUCUGAUCUGGACAACGACGACUUAAUCCGAGGCUUUGAGAACGGCUUGAUUAAGGCAGGCGAAGGUGACAAAGAUAACGAGACUGCGGCAGGCCACAGAGGAGACUCCUUCAAGCCUGCGCCGAGCCUGGUGGACGACCUACUGAGCGAGCUCAACAUUUCUGAGAUUCAGAAACUGAAGCAACAGCUUGGACAGGUGGAGAGGGAGAAAAUGGCCCUCAUCAACACUCUGCAGGAGAACCAGAAGCAGCUUGAACAGGCCUAUGGGACCGUGUCCGAGCAAAAGGAAACCGUCAACAGACUCACUGAGAACCUGAGCGCCAUGAGGAAGCUUCAGGCCAGCAAAGAGCGUCAGUCGGCCCUCGACGGUGAAAAAGAUCGUGACAGCCACGAAGACGGAGACUACUAUGAGCUGGACAUCAACGGGCCGGAGAUCCUGAAGUGUAAAUACACGGUGGCUGUUUCUGAAGCGGGUGAGUUGAGGCAGGAACUAAAGACGCUUCGGGCACAGUAUGAGAAUUGUCGAACCCAGUACCAAGAUGAACGAGCACGGCUGGAGAGUGACCUCCAUGAGCUCAGAUCAAGGUUGGCUUCCCUGGAGAAGAUUAGCCAAGCAGAUAAAACGGAGAUGGCUCGUCUGGAGAAAGAGCUUCGUCUGGUUAGCGAGACUGCUGGAGAAUCACUCGGCAGCCUCAACGUGGCCCAAGAUGAGCUCAUAGCAUUCAGCGAGGAGCUGGCUAAUCUCUACCACCACGUUUGCAUGUGCAACAAUGAGACCCCCAACCGUGUCAUGUUGGACUACUACAAGGAGGGCAAAGCAUUGGUGAGGCGAGGACAAGAAGCGAAGGCACGCCCCUCUUCUGUACUUCUCACCAACGGAGUGGUUCCCGAGGGUGACCCUCAGAAAGCGGACUCCGUCGACAGCGCCGUCGUCUCAGGCCCGGAGCCCCGCCCGGAGCCCAUGAACAUCUACAACCUGGUCGCCAUCAUCAGAGACCAGAUCCGCCACCUGCAGCAAGCGGUGGACCGUACCACUGAGCUCUCCCGCCAGAGGCUGGCCAACCUGGAGCUGAGCAGCGUGGCCGAUAAGGACAAAGAAGCUUGCAUGGAGGAGAUCCUCAAAUUGAAGUCUCUGCUCAGCACCAAGAGAGAACAGAUCGCCACGCUCAGAGCUGUGCUCAAAGCCAACAAACAGACGGCAGAGGUCGCACUGGCCAACCUGAAGAGCAAAUAUGACAGUGAGAAGGCCAUGGUGACCGAAACCAUGAUGAAGCUUCGCAAUGAACUCAAGACUUUAAAAGAAGACGCAGCCACAUUCUCCUCUCUCAGAGCAAUGUUUGCUUCAAGGUGCGACGAGUACGUGACCCAGCUAGACGACAUGCAGAGGCAAUUGGCGGCGGCCGAGGAUGAAAAGAAGACGUUGAACUCUCUGUUGCGAAUGGCCAUCCAGCAGAAACUGGCCCUCACCCAGCGUCUGGAGGACCUGGAGUUUGACCACGAGCAGGCGCGCCGCAACACUGCUACUUCGGCGGCAGGAAAGGGCAAGGCUAAGGGCAAGGGAGCCCCGUCCAGUCAUCAUUAAAUCUCUCAUAUCAAGUGUCCUUGAGGAGUCUGAUCAGUGUGCAGUUUCCAGACACCCGUGCUCCUGGUGUCUUCACUCGAAUUGCGUUCUGAGUUGCGUUCUGAGUUGGCAUACACCAGAUCAUACACAACAAUGGCCUUGUUUUGAAGUGCCAAAACUGUUUUGUAAACUGUUCCACUUCACAUCAGCAGUCUCUGUAGUACUUCAGUUUUCCAAGAAUGCACAACACCUUGAUAAAUCAAUGGAUGAGCGGCAUUAUUAAUUAUCAAAUUAUUUGCUGCCUGCAUGUGCGUGCGUGCGUGCGUGUGUGUGUGUUUCCCCAACUGAGCACUUUGCAUUUUGUAUGUUGCCGCUCCCUUUUCCCCACUUUUCUAAUAUGAAAUAUUUUUAAAGAAAGUACAUUUUUAUCUGCCAGGCUAGUCAUUCUAUGUUACUCACUGGCUUUUGUUGUUUAUGUGUAUUUAUUUUAUAACAAGAAGUCACCUCAUGGAACACCUACGUUUUCAACCAAUUGCUUGAAAUCGUGAAACAAGAAACAAGUGACAAAUUUCUGUUGGAUACAAAAAUAAUAUUUUCCAGUGUAGUAAUGACCUGCAUAAUGUUCUCUGCAAAUACGGCACAGCAAAUUAUGCUCAUCAUCAGUAAGGAAGAGUAUUAAAUGCAAACUUUUAUUUCAAGCUGUCAAGUUAUGGUCUGAUGUUAAUAGUCCAUACCCAUGAAUUAUUCACAAAAGAGAGUAUGUCAUGCAUUUGUGUUGUACUGUAUAGGACUUAAAAAAAAAGCUUUUU